AUGUUUGGUACUAAAGAAAAUUUGGAAGUUUUAGAGGAGCACCGGCACUGGCACGUAGAUAGAACCUUUAAAGUAGCCCCACAAUUAUUUUUACAAGUAUUUACCAUUCAUGCAUUGGUAGAUAACCGUUCUAUUCCGUUGAUUUACGUGCUUCUACAGGAUAAACGAGAAGAAACAUAUGGUCGAGUGUUUCAAAAGUUGAUGGAGUUGAAACCCACUUUAAAUCCAAUAAGCUGCUUAUCCGACUUCGAGAAAGCGUUCCAAAAUACAGUUUCCCAGGUAUUUCAUGGUGUUCAGGUGACGGGUUGUUUAUUCCACUUAGGGCAGUGUUUAUGGAGGAAAAUCCAAGAGCUACAUCUUGUAGAAGAAUAUCGCAAUGACGAAAAUGUGAGAAUGCAUUUGAAAAUGUUACUAGCGUUAUCUUUUGUCCAAGAGGGCGACGUAAUCACUGCUUUUGAGGAGCUAACCGAAAGCUGUCCACGAAAAAUUGAUGCAGUCAUCGAUUACUGGGAAGAUACUUAUAUAGGACGGCAAAGAAGAAAUCGGAGAGCAGAUCCAAAAUUUCCUAUUCAUGUAUGGAAUGUUCAUGAUAGAGUGCACCAGGGCCUUCCGCGUACAAACAACUCUGUAGAAGGAUGGCAUCAUGCUUUCCAAUACACCGUUGACUGUCACCAUCUAUGUAUUUUCAAAUUAAUAGACCACUUCAGGAAGGAACAAGACCGGGUAAAAAUAGAGUUGGAACGUUUUCGAGCCGGCUUCAGAAAUCCCGAAGCUUCCAAAAAGAAGUAUGUGCAACUUAAUCGUCGAUUGGAAACUCUUAUGGGAAAUUAUAACAACGACGACCUUUUACCGUAUCUCCGCGGAAUUUCCAACAAUCUGACAUUAUAA